AUGAUCAGCCCGGACCCCAGGCCUCCCGCCGCUUUGGCCCGGUGGGCCGAGAGCUACGAGGCCAAGUAUGAGCGCCGGCAGGAGACCCGUGAGAGCCGCCGCUGCCGCCCCAACAUGACCACUUGCCGCCAGAUGGGGAAGGCGCUGAGGACCCAGCACGCAGAGCAGCUCCAGAGAGCCCGACAGCAGCAGUUCUUCAGGAGAAGGAACCUGGAGGUGGAGGAGAAAGACAAAGCACAGACUGCCCCGGUCAGGGAGCAGAGUCCCUCCAGGAGGACAGGCCAGGGGGCUGAACUCAAGAAGCUCUUGGCUGAGACCAACAAGAUCCCUCCCCCCAGAGAACAGGUGCCAGGGACCAGCUCUGAGGUCUUUCCAACCCAACAACAUCCUCUCUCAAGGGUCCAGAGGAAUCUGGCCAAUCAUCUCCCCUCCCAGGCCCAGGACCUUCCACCACAGGACUUUCCCAGCAAGAAGCCACCCAAACACCAUCGUGGCACUCAGACAAAGGCAAAAGAAGCACAGCCAACAAUUAAGAAUGAUGCCAGUCAGCAAACCAAUUGUGGAGUUGCAGUUCUAGAUAAGGAAAUCAUCCAGCUUUCCGAGUACCUCAAAGAGGCCCUGCAAAGAGAGCUGGUUCUGAAACAAAAAAUGGUGAUUCUCCAAGAUCUACUGUCCACCCUGAUCAGAGCCUCUGACAGUUCUUGGAAGGGACAGCUCAAUGAAGACAAAUUGAAGGGCAAACUGAGAUCCUUAGAAAACCAACUGUACACCUGUACCCAGAAAUAUUCCCCUUGGGGGAUGAAGAAGGUGCUGAUGGAGAUGGAAGACCAGAAAAACAGCUAUGAGCAGAAAGCCAAAGAGUCCCUGCAGAAAGUGCUGGAGGAGAAAAUGAGCGCAGAGCAGCAGCUGCAGAGCACACAGCGGUCCCUGGCUCAGGCCGAGCAGAAAUGUGAAGAAUGGAGGAGCCAAUAUGAGGCUCUGAAGGAAGACUGGAGGGCCCUGGGGACCCAGCACAGAGAGCUGGAGAGCCAGCUCCACGUGCUUCAGUCCAAACUGCAGGGAGCAGACAGCAGAGACUUACAGAUGAACCAGGCUCUGCGACUCCUGGAGAAUGAGCACCAGGAGCUGCAGGCCAAGAUCGAAUGCCUCCAGGGAGACAGAGACCUGUGCAGCUCCGACACCCAGCACCUCCAAGAUCAACUAAGGAGGUCAGAGGAGGAGAAACUCGCCCUGGUGACCCAAGUACAGCAGUUGCAGAGUCUGCUUCAGAGUCAAUCCUUACAGCUUCAAGAGCAGGAGAAACCCUUAAUAAAGAAAGAUCAGGCUUUGUCUGAGUGGAGUCCAGAGACCUCCCAUAACGAAGUGGAGCCUGAGGGUACAGGGAAGGAGAAAGACUGGGAUUUCAGAGACCAGCUGCAAAAGAAGACUUUGCAGCUCCAGGCCAAGGAAAAGGAGUGCAGAGAACUGUAUUCAGAGUUAGACAACCUCAGUGAUGAGUAUCUUUCCUGCCUGCGUAAGCUGCAGCACUGCCGAGAAGACCUGAACCAGAGCCAGCAGCUGCCACCCGGAAGGCAGUGUGGCCGAUGGCUCUCGGUGCUGAUCCUGAUGAUUGCUAUAGCACUAGCAGUGUUCCUGGCCAACAAGGACAGCCUGGUGAUCUGA